AUGGCGGACAGUGUGAGGGAGCGACUUGAACGUCGUAAUGAAGAAAGGCUUGCGGCUAUAGAAAAGCGGAAAGCUGAUAAAGAGAGCAAUGAGCAACCAACAGAAACAACAGAUUAUUUCGAAACCACCUUCGCUAAGGAAAAGGGGGCAAUAGAGGAUCUCCUAAGCAAAAGGGCUAGCUUGAUAGAACCCGGUAACAAAAUGCACGCCACAGAGUUUUUUGAAUCUCUGACCGACAAGUGUCAGAAACUUCAAAAAUUUGUAUCAGAUUCCGCGAUGUUCUUACCCUCUCGCCAGAUAAAAGUCUCACAAGAUAUACUUAAAGCCUUGCAGCAAGAAAUUAACGAAAAGCGAGAGGAGUACAUGCCAAAGAAGAAGUUUACUUUCAAGGCCAGAAAAAAGGAGGUGGCACCAACAAAAGAGGUGGGGGAAUAGUAAGCAUUCUGCCUUACGUGGAUAAUCUUGUUCUGUGUUUCUCACAAUCAACAGAACAGGACUAUUAGUCAAUAUGUCUCAAGGAUAUAGUAAAAAAAGGCCAUCAAUGAAUAAUUAUGCAUACCCCCGGCUCCACCCCCUGGGUUGAUAACAGGUGGAUUAAUUUAUACUUGUAUUUAGCGGUAAGUUUUAAGGGCGGUAAAAUUCUUCCAGGCUGGUAUGAAAAUCUGUGGAGGCCUGUGGGUUUCACUACUAUAUUUUUAAAAGGAAUUCUCCGCUGAUGAAGUAAAGAACAUACAUGUAGAUUUUAUGGAUGUUUUUAGAGAUGCAUUUGUAUUCUUCAGAGAUUUACAAUUAAAAAACUGAUGCCAGUUUUUUAUGUGUCCCUCCUCUUUGUGAUGCUAAAAUUUCAUCAUAACAUUGUCAUUGUCAUUCAUGAUCAGGGGUCCAGAUAUCCAGGGACUCUUACAUCCUUGGUUUCGUACAUCCAGGGGAUCUUAUGUUCAGGGAUUCUUAUGUCCAAGGAUUCUUAUGUCCAGGGGUUGUUAUGUCCAGGGGUUAUUUCAUUCAGGGGUUCUAAUCUAUUUCCAGGGGUUCUAACGUACAUAACAUUGUCAUUGUCAUUCAGGGCUUCAGAUAUCCUUGGGUUCUUACAUCCAGGGGUUUUUACAUUCAGGCAUUCUUAUGUCCAGGGGAUCUUUUGUCCAAUUAUUAUUAUGUCCAGGGGUUAUUACGUACAGGGGUUCUAACAUACAUAACAUUGUUAUUGUCAUUCAGGGGUUCAAAUAUCCUUGGGUUCUUACAUCCUGGGGUUCUUAAAUUCAGGGAUUCUUAUGUUCACAGGUUCUAAUGCAUUUCCAGGGGUUCUUACAUCCAGGGGUUCUAACAUCCAAGUGUUCUUAGGUUCAGAGGUUGUUACGUCCAAGGGUUCUUACCUCUGGGAGUUCUUGCAUCCGAACGCUCUUACAUCCAGGGUUUCUUACAUUCAGAGGUUCUUCCAUAGUGGCUUGGUAAGAGAUUUUAUAGACAGAGGUUUACCCAGCUACUGAUACAUGAUCCAAAUGUUGUACCUUGUUAUUUCCACUUUCUCAAUUUUUUUUUUCUGUCCUAAAGGAGGGUAUCACCCAUCAAGAAAGCAAAAGCAAGACAGAUGCCCUCUCUACAACAGAAAAACAAUUCUUAGAGAUUUCAAAGGACUCACAGCUCAAACUCUCACCAUGAUGCCAGAACAGGUUAAAAGUCAAGAUGUCACUCUAAGAGGUCUCCAUAAUUGCAACAUUAUAGUUUAUGGUGCCCCGUCGGCCUUGCUUAUGAACAAACUAACAGACUGCACCGUUCUUUGUGGUCCAGUAUCUGGAGCUGUAUUCAUUGAAGACUGCUCCACAUGUAAUUUUGUCUUUCCAUGUCAUCAGUUGCGUGUUCAUAGCACUACAGACAGCAACUUUUAUCUCCACGUAACAAGUAGAGCUAUUGUAGAGGAUUGCUCUAAUGUAGGAUUUGCCCCGUUUAACUGGAAGUAUGAAGCUUUGGAAAGUGAUUUUCAAAUUGCUGGUCUCAGUCCUUUGGAAAAUAACUGGUCACUUGUGAAUGAUUUUAAUUGGCUGAAGACUGAUGAACCUUCCCCAAACUGGUUUGUUAUUCCAGAGGAUCAACGUAAAGAUAAAUGGAUUUUAUAA